AUCUGAGCCUCGGAGUUAAUGCGAGGUCGUCCCACAACCAGCACAGCAAGCUGGUCGCUUUACUGAUACCUGCUUAAUAGGGCCACUGACGAACAUCUUGCCAAUCUCAAAAAUUCCCAAACUUCUCAAUUGACUCGCCAAAAUGCACAUUCUCAUCACAGGGGCUGCGGGGUUCAUCGGCCAGCUUCUGGCGAAAGAGCUCCUAAACGACUCGUCAUACAUCGUCACCCUCGCCGAUAUCAAUGAACCUCCCAUUCCAAAAGGCGUCGCAUACCCUCAGAAUGCACGACCCGUGACAGCGGAUCUGCUGAAAGGCGCGGAUGCAGUCGUAGACAAGUCUCUCGACGCCGUCUACGCAUUCCACGGCAUCAUGUCGUCUGGGUCAGAAGCCAACUUUGAUCUAGGUAUGAGCGUCAACGUGGAUGCCACACGGAACUUGCUCGAGGCUCUCCGCAGAACCUGUCCCGGCGUGCGGGUGGUCUAUUCAUCAAGCCAGGCUGUCUACGGCCAGCCACUACCCGAAGUGGUAAACGAUAGCGUCAUCCCUACCCCACAGUCGUCCUACGGGGCCGAGAAAAUCAUCUGCGAGACACUCAUCAAUGAAUACACCAGGCGUGGCUUCGUCACCGGUUUUGUCCUUCGAUUCCCUACCAUUUCUGUCCGUCCAGGACGUCCGACGGCUGCUGCUUCGUCUUUUCUCUCUGGAAUGAUCCGCGAGCCGCUGGAUGGCAAGGAGUGUAUCAUUCCGCUGGAGGACCGGUCAUUCAAAUCAUGGUUAUGCUCGCCUAAGACACUUGUUCACAAUCUUAUUCAUACGCUGUCGUUGCCGGCAGAUGCAUUGCCUCCUCAUAUCCGGCAGAUUAACGUGCCUGGCAUCUGUGUCACAAUCCAGGACAUGAUGGAUGCUUUAGAAAAGGUGGCAGGGAAUGACAAGCUUGCGUUUUUGAAAGAGGAGGAGGACCCAACCCUCAGGCCAAUCCUGGAUUCAUGGCCCACACGCUUCGAUAACUCCCAGGCUAUUUCGCUCGGAUUUAAACGUGACUCUUCGUUUGAGCAAGCAGUUCGGGAUUACCAGUUGGAUAUGAUGCAGCAAUAAGCACCUCAGUCGGACUCUGCUGGCUUAUAUCCAGGAUCCCUUGACUCGGAGAAUAGAACGUUUCGAUAGACCUUGCGCACUUCAAGGCUCGUAGAAGAUUUCCGUAACUUCAUUGACAUCAUAUCAUAUUGCUAUUACCAUAGAUUCAAA